AUGGCUACAGAGGACGCCAUCAAUAAUAACAUACCUGUCGCGGCGGGUCUUCUUGCCACACGAAAGACGAAUUCGUCGUCGUCUUCACCGCCUACGACACCGGGGCCCGCUCAAGAGGACGCCUUGGCAUGGCUGCAUGACAUUGUUACCCCAGCAACAAUUGCGACGGAUGGAGCUGAUGGCAAAUUGGAUCAAGUGACGGUGAGAACAACGUUUUCUGGCAACCCGUCUUCAGGAGCCGUGGGCAGCGGGGCCUUUGUCUCACUGAACAAUGAGGAGGACGUCGAUGUUGACAGCAAAGAGGAAGAAGAGGAGGACGAGGACGAGGACGAGGAGGGUGAAGGCGAAGAGGACGAGGAGGACGAGGAUGAAGAGGCAAAUCAUUUAGGACGACAGACGGUGCAGCCAAAGGGAAAUAAAAAGUCCUCCAAUCAUGGCGGCAGCACUCGGCAACGAUCGCGUUCGCAGCGGUCUAAAUCUCAAAAACUGAAGGCGAAAAAACUGAAGAACUCGCCGCCCUCGUUGUCUGUGGCGCGGAAGAAGUCCGGUGGCAACGCCAGCAACGCAGCGGCGGCGGCGGCAGCAGCAGCAACGGCAGCAGCAGCCGAAUCUGCCGCUGCUGCGCAGGCAAGACGAAAGGGGGGAAAGUUGAAGAAGCGCAGUAGUAAGACUGCACCCUCCUCUCCCUCUCGCUCCGCCGCUGCCGCAGGUGGUGAAAAGAAGCGGAAGAAGAAGAAGAGGUAA